UACGUGCGUGAGGGAGAUGCCUGUUUUGUAGUUCCUGCAGGCAGUCCAAAUAGCACUGAGAAGAUUGGGUAACAUCUGUGGCUAAAGAAUGUGCACUGCCCUAAGCCCAAAGGCCCGAGGCCCUGGCCUCUCUGAUAUGCACCAGUACAGCCAGUGGCUGGCCAGCAGACACGAAGCUAAUUUGUUACCAAUGAAGGAAGAUUUGGCGCUCUGGCUGACAAACCUGCUGGGAAAAGAAAUAACAGCUGAAACCUUCAUGGAGAAACUGGAUAAUGGUGCUUUGCUCUGUCAGCUAGCAGAGACUUUACAGGAGAAAUUUAAAGAAAACUGCAUUGAAGUCAAAUUUGGAAAGAAAAUGCCAGUGAGGAAAAUUCCCUGCAAAGCCAAUGCCCCAUCUGGAUCUUUUUUUGCACGAGACAAUACAGCAAAUUUCUUAUCCUGGUGCAGAGAUGUGGGAGUGGAUGAUACUUGCCUGUUUGAAUCUGAAGGUUUGGUCCUCCAUAAGCAGCCCAGAGAAGUGUGCCUUUGUUUGCUUGAGCUUGGAAGGAUUGCAGCCAGGUUUGGCGUGGAACCUCCUGGAUUAAUAAAGCUGGAGAAAGAGAUUGAACAAGAAGAGACACUUUCAACUCCUCUUCCUUCUCCUUCACCUUCCCCAUCAAAGUCACCUGGCAAAAAGAGCACAGGAAAACUCCUGGAUGAUGCGGUCAAGCAUAUUUCUGAAGACCCUCCUUGUAAAUGCCCUAGUAAAUUUUGUGUGGAGCGCCUUUCACAGGGAAGGUACAGAGUUGGAGAGAAGAUCCUUUUCAUCAGGAUGCUCCACAACAAACAUGUAAUGGUUCGUGUAGGAGGAGGAUGGGAGACAUUUGCAGGAUACUUGCUGAAACAUGACCCCUGCCGAAUGCUGCAGAUAUCUCGGGUGGAUGGGAAAACUUCCCCUAUCCAGAACAAGUCUCCAACCAUCAAGGACAUGAAUCCGGACAGCUACCUGGUGGUUUCUGCUCAUUACAAAACCAAAAAAGAGAUUAAGUGAAAUUGCCUUCUCAUUUCAUUGGGGACUUGGUAUAUGUAGACCCACGCUAUUCUUCAUGUGUAGUCAAAUUAGUUGAUGCUUUGAAAGGACUUCUGGAUUUACAUGCAGACUGGAAAUGGCAACCCAUUUCAUGGAUUGUUGAAUUGUAGAACUAUUUAUUUCUAGUACUGUACCUUUUCAUAGCAAGUUAUGCUUGGUAGGUUAAUUACUAAAACCAGAUUUUUAAAACAGACAUAUUUUUAGCCUGAUUAUUACUCUAUGAAUGUACUCUUAGGAUGACUAAAACAAUAUGGCUCACAUUAAAGUAAUAAAAUGGGACACAUUUGUAUGAAAAAAAGCAGUAGGCACGAUUCCCAUUCAUUUGCAACAGCAAAGAGUUAUAUGCAGCUCAGUAGGGAAAAAAAGGGGGGGGGGAUAAUAUAAUGGGAAAAACAUCUGUCUCAGGCCCUGGAGAGCUACUAUCAUAAUAGACAAUGCUAGAUAAAUACUACAUUCUGAUGGGUUCAUAUAUUAUGCUAAAUCCAUAAUGGCUCCUUGUUUAUGAAUUAUCAUGUGUAACUCCAACCAUUGCUGUUCGUAAACCAUGGUUUAUGGCUUAACAUAUAACAAUGUGAACAACCAACUGUAAUUUCCUCAACAAAUCAAGACUGACCAUUACAGUUUAGCUGUAUGAAUCACAUUGGUGAGUUCAUUCCAUGCUUCCCGGCUGAUUCAUGUAUGGAAGGGAGCUGAUCUAUACACAUUCUUUUCAUGUGCUUAUUAAAUGAAUGGGACAUCUUUUGGGAAAAAAUACACUUGCAUCAGGCAGGCCCAUAUUUAUAAGUAAUUGCUGGGUAAACAUGAUAGCCCAACUACCAUAUGAAAUUAAAAGGAAACAAUAGAAAAUUUCUGUAAACUGUUGGCAAACACUUGUUUUUAACUUGUCUUGUUUAUUCAUAUCAGAAAGUAGCUUAUGCUGAUCAGUAAGUUUGUCAACUACUUCUGCCUCUGGCAUGUCUCAAAUAAUGUCAAUGUUGCUGGAGGCUCUAAAGCAGAAUGACAAGCCUCAUGCCUGCCCCAUUUUGCCAGUAGCCAUCCAGGAAGCUGGUUCAUCCAAAUAACAACUUUCCCAUCACUCAAUAGCCAACACCAGUGACACAGUAAAAAAGCAACAGAGAUUCCCAGAAAGCCAGAAUUAAUGCAGUAUGUGAGUCACAAGUUAACAUCAGGUACAUUUUUUAUUUUGACUACAUUGACAGUUACAAGCAAUAGAUAAGAGCACCUUAGAAAUGUUGAGCAUUUAGAACCAUCAGAUGUUUUGAAGUACAUCUGUGAAAAAUUAUUGGGGAUGGUCUUUACCAUUUACCAGUCUAAACAGAAUUUAAUUCAGGAUUGUUUUUCAUAUUAAACCUCAGAUAUGUAUAGACUGUUGACCCUGUGGGAUACUCUCUGCUUCUGAAUUCCAUUAUAUUUGAACAUAUUGGAAAAAAAUGAAAAUAAUGUGUGCAUUCUCUGUAGAUAAAUAAUGAGAAGGGGAUUACCGUACACAUCUCCAUGAUAUAUGCAAAUGCUGGGGUUUGGUUUAUAAGUUUUGCUAAUUUUCCUUGAUUAUACUUGAUGACUUUGUGCCUUGCUAGGAAAAAAAAAACAUUAUUCAAUAAUUAUUUGAAUGAUGACUGUAUAAAUUUGAGCUGAGAUCACAUGGUGCAUUAGAAAUAAAC